GUCCGAUCGGUCCUGGAGGCAUAUUUCUCUCCGAACAUGAACUGGGGAUAUCACUGCAGUCGACAGCUUACCCCAGACGGUGUUGGCUGACUGCGGACCAAUCGAGCACGCACUUUUUUUUCUUUGGUUUUAUCUGAAAUUACUUGCCAGUAAUGUCCCAAGACUCAAAUCACUACUCUCUCGGGAGGCAUGGUCAUGGUUCAAGACAUCGUGAUGACCGUCGGUCUGGAUCAGAUUCUCGACACUAUGCCCCCCAGUACAUGGUUGUGGACCCUUCUCGGACCCAGCCACUGCAGUCACACCCUUCUUCCUAUCCCGAAGGAUAUCCCAGCAUUCAUCCGACUACUAGUGACCGUACCACCCCACGCCAUCGCCCUAAGCCUUCCGAACAGUACUCCCAGCAGUAUGCAUCUGAUAUGAGUAGCGCAAGCAACUACACUCAUGAACGUACUUAUCGAGAAGGGCAUGGUAGUGGUGCAAGCAACUACACUCAUGAAACAACGUAUCCAGAACCUGGACAUGGAUAUUACCCGACAGGCCAUGAACUUCCUGCUUCAUACCCAAGGCACCAGCCAAGACAAACGCGAGGUUCCGAGCCUCACGAAUUGGACAGCAAUCAAGGAUAUGGGGUGGCAUCUGGCCAGAAUCACUAUGGACAGGGCGCCAGCAGGGCCCCUACCUCACCCACGUUCAAUCGGGGAGGUCGGGACCAUAUCUCCACCCCGCCCAGCCGAGGAGGUGUGAGUUCUGACUAUCCAGUACCCGCCCCCAUUAUACAACCUUCUAUGCGAACAAUUCAGGGUGGUAUGAGCACAGAAAGCACACUUGAUUCGAGAUACCAGGUACCAAUUGAUCCCAGGAACUUCUUUAAGCCUGGACGGGUGUUCUCAACCUUGUGGCAUGAAAGCCAAGGAUCAACCUACUCGAACAGUACUGUGCUCAGCGCGGGUCCAGUCUUUUACAGCAAGUAUGGAGAGCCAAUCUUCAGCCAGAUCCGUCGGAUGGUUGUCUACAAACAAAAUAGUCGAUGUUCUUGGUGUUUUCCGAUAUACACCUACAACGGUCAAGGUGUUGCGAAACGAGACGUGAACGUCCAAGACCACGCUGCUGUCUACAACCAGGGCUCGGUUUUUCAAGAAAAUCCGUGGGAGCCCAGAAUGACGAAAAAAGCAUUGGAAUUCGAGCCAUUCACACCGGAUCAAGCACUGGAUACGAUGUCCCGUCUGAACUUCGGGAAAAUCUACACGGUUGAACACAAUGUCAAAGUUCUGAGGGUGGGCCGUAUCAGCUCUAAGUCCAUGGGGACUUUCACGAAUUAUGCCAGAAGUUCGAUGCUGAGCGAAUAGAUCUUUGGGUUCUCGACUUCUACAUUUUUCCAUUUCCCAUAUUUAACGCCAGGUAAU